AUGCGACAUUUCUCCGGCAGGAACGCACGCGGCUCCGAUGCGAUCCCAGCUGAAAUCUACAAACACGACGGCCGCCGCCGCCGCCUGAUGGACCAACUAACGAUGUUAUUUCAGGAGAUGUGGCGCUGCGGACAGGUCUAUCGGGAUUUCAUGGACGCAACCAUCGUCCAUCUUUACAAACGAAAAGGGAACCGGCAAAGCUGUGACAAUCACAGGGGCAUCUCGUUACACAGCAUCGUCAGGAAUGUCUUCGUUCGCAUCCUCCUCAGUCAUCUCAACGGCCACCUAGAGCAAGGACUUUUGCCGGAUUCCGGCGACAGUGUGCGACCACUGAUCUUUGUCGCCCGCCAUCUAGAAAAGCAGUUCCAGGAGAUGCGGACUUACCUCUACACCAACUUUCGUGGAUAUGACGAAAACUCUCAACAAGGUGAAUUGGGUAGGACUGUGAAGAAUCGGGCAGAAGUUCGGCUGUCCCGAGCAAUUUACGCACAUGGGGCUUCAGCUCCCCGAUGGGAAAAUGGCGCGCGCGUCACGGACAACGGCGCGAUCUCCGAGGCAUUCGUAGUGACCAAUAGAAUGAAGAGGGUAAGUGCGAGGACGCAGUCCUGUCUCAGUCUUAUUUUCUCUGCCGUGCUGAUUGACGUCUACCGUGAUCAACGCCCCGGGAUCCGUAUCGAUUACAGGACUGACGAGAACAUUCUCAACAGCCGGCGAAUGCAGGCCCUGACGCGUCUCUCCACAGUUUAUAUCCACGGUCGGCUCCUCUCUGACGACCGCGCACUCAACAGCACGGCCGAAGAAGACAUGCAACGGAGCAAGGAUCUCUUCACCUCCAGCUGUGCCCAUUUUGGAUUGAAGGUGAUCAUCCAUCAGACAAGAAGAUGGUCAUGCCUCAACAGCUAUCGACCACUGAAUACUGUGUCCUUCGCAUCCGCGUCAACGGCACCGCACUGA